AUGUCACCCACCACGCCCAACCCCCCCUGCACGAUGCUCCGCGUCAGCGGCACCAAGAUCGUCAACGAGAAUGGCGAAGAAGUCAUCCUCAAAGGCGCUGCAACAGGCGGCAUGCACAACAUGGAGAACUUCAUCACAGGCUACACCGGCCACGAGCACGAGCACCGCGAAGCCCUGACAGAGGUCCUCGGCAAGGAGAAGGCCGACUUCUUCUUCUCCCGUCUCCUCCACUACUACUUCACAGAGGCAGAUGCCGCCCUCUUCGCAUCAUUAGGCCUCAACUGCCUGCGCGUGCCCUUUAACUACCGUCAUUUCAUGGACGACGACAACCCGAGCGUGAUCAAGAAGUCCGGCUUCGAGCUGCUCGACCGGGUCGUCAACUUCUGCGCCAAGUACAACAUCUACGUCAUCCUCGACCUCCACGCCGUACCAGGCGGCCAGAACCAGGACUGGCACAGCGAUUCCGGCAUCUCAAGGGCGCUGUUCUGGGAGUUCAAGGACUUCCAAGACCGCGCCAUCCAGCUCUGGGAGGCCCUCGCCACCCAUUACAAGGGCAACAAGGUGAUCGCGGGCUACAACCCCCUCAACGAGCCCGCAGACCCCAAGCACACCCGCCUCAUCGCGUGGUACGAGCGCGCCGAGAAGGCCAUCCGUGCCAUCGACCCCGACCACAUUCUCUUCCUGGACGGCAACACCUACGCCAUGGACUUCUCCGCCUUCAACCCCGAGAAGACGCUUCCCAACAGCGUCUACAGCUGCCACGACUACAGCCUCUACGGCUUCCCCCUCCCCGAGCAGUACGACGGCACCGACGCCCAGAAGCAGAAGCUCCGCGCCAGUCUCAAGCGCAAGGUCGAGUUCAUGCAGAAGGCCGGCGUGCCCAUCUGGAACGGCGAGUGGGGCCCCGUCUACCAGGACCCCGCGACGGAUGCCAACGCCGCCGCGACGAACGAGAAGCGCUUCGCGCUGCUCAAGGGGCAGCUUGAGAUCUACCGCGAGUUCGGCGGCAUCUCGUGGAGCAUCUGGCUGUACAAGGACAUCGGCUACCAGGGCAUGGUCUACGUCGACCCGGAGAGCCCCUACAUGCGCCUCAUCCGGCCCUUCGUCGAGAAGAAGCAGCGCCUCGGCCUCGACUUCUGGGGCUGCGCCGACAAGAGCGGCAUCGACGACGAGGUGUACGGGCCUUUCAUCGCGAAGCUGAAGUCGACGCUGCCGGAGCACCUGCACAAGAAGAAGUACCCAAAGACGUGGACGUUUGACCGCCAGGUCGAGCGCGUGGUGAGGGAGUGCCUGAUGAGCGAGUACCACGGCUGGGAGUUUGCGGAGUUGUUUAAGGGGAAGACGGAGGCGGAGUUGGAGGAGCUCGCGGCGAGCUUUGCGUUGGAGAACUGUGUGAAGCGCGACCGGUUGAAUGAGAUUCUGACGGCGGACGCUGAGAGGGGGAAUUGA